AUGGCGAAAGUAUUGUAUCGGUAUGUGGUACACAUUUCAUUUAUUUGUUCUGCGCUCUGCCAGACACAAAAACCGAAUAUUCUGUUUAUCCUUGCUGAUGAUUACGGCUACAAUGAUAUCGGCUACCACGGCUCCGAUAUCCGAACACCUGUCCUAAACAAGCUGGCUGAUGGGGGUGUUACACUUGAAAAUUAUUAUGUACAGCCCUUGUCCACACCGACGCGAAGUCAACUUAUGUCGGGCCGUUAUCAGAUACACACUGGUUUACAACAUGGUGACAUCACAAACGCCCAACCGAACGGUCUCCCUCUCAACAGUCCCACACUUGCCGAUAAAUUGAAGGAAGUUGGAUAUUCUACGCAUGCUGUUGGCAAAUGGCAUUUAGGUUUCUAUAAAAAGGAGUUUAUGCCUACGAACAGAGGAUUCGAUACCCAUUAUGGAUUUCUCUCUGGCACCGAAAAUCAUUAUACCCAUAAGGCAUGUGCCUUAAUAUCACAAGGAGAACCAGAUGUGUGCGGCACUGAUUUCCGAGAUGGUCUUCAAUCCUUCAAUAGUACAAUUACCUACUCAACCGAGCUCUACAGAGAUCGCGUAUUGGAUAUCGUUAGUAAACACGACACUUCCAAGCCUUUAUUCAUGUAUCUGGCACUGCAAGCCGUCCAUACACCACUUCAGGUCCCGGACGAGUAUCUCAAAAGUGUGCCUUACCUCUCCGGAUACCGAAAAACAUAUGCUGGUAUGGUAGUCGCUAUGGACCAAGCUAUAGACAAGAUUGUAGCAGCAUAUCAGGACAAGGGAUUGUGGAACAAUACACUGCUUAUAUUCUCUACAGACAACGGGGGACUCGUAAAGCAGGGAGGAGGUAGUAACUGGCCACUAAGAGGUUUCAAAGGCUCACUUUGGGAAGGUGGAAUCCGAGGCGUAGCUUUCGUACAUGGUAACGUAUUGGGUAGGGACCAAGUUGUUUCUAAAGAGCUUAUGCAUGUCUCCGAUUGGUAUCCUACGCUUGUUGGCCUGGCAGGAGGAUCACUAAAUGGAACACAGCCAUUGGAUGGUGUUGAUCAAUGGAAAACGUUAAGCCAGGGCAGUACCAGCCCUAGAGAAAUCCUGCUCCACAACAUUGACCCUCUUACGCGUCCUAUUGGCGAACGUGUGUAUAACGACACAUUUGACACCAGGGUGAGAGCAGCACUAAGAUGGAAGCAAUGGAAGAUCUUGACGGGAAAUCCAGGUAAUGGUAGCUGGGUUCCCGGGGAAUGUUCUGGCCUGGAAACAAAACGUGGUAGCGGUGGAGAACCGACAAAAAAUCUCUGGUUAUUUGACCUCAGCAGGGACCCUAACGAAAUGGAUGACUUAUCUGAUGUGUAUCCCGAUAUUUCGAAGAAGUUACUUGGGAUGCUGGCGGAUGCCAACAGAACUGCCGUGCCUUGUAGUUAUCCGGAUCCCGAUCCUAAAGCUAAUCCUUCAAAUUUUGGUGGAUUCUGGGGGCCAUGGGUAUUGUAA